AUGGGGGCCAGAGCGCGACGUCCACAGCCGCGCAAGGAGAAGAGCGCUUCGCCCUUGUCCAUCAACACCAACGGCGACGCCAACACCAACGGUAACGGCAAGGCCGCGCGCAAGCACCAAAACGGCACCAUGAACGCCGGCGUCGAGAUGCGCCGUAAAACGGCCAGCAAUGACUCGGCCGCCCUCACCUCCAACUACAUGGCCCGCGAUUCCUUCUCUCUCGACGACCCCGUGCCCAAGAGCCCGGCCGCCAACGACGCCGGCUUCUUCCAGUUGCCGCUGCAGGACCAGCGCAACUUCAUGCUCCUCGUCCUGCUCUACUUCCUCCAGGGCAUCCCCAUGGGCCUCGCCAUGGGCUCCGUCCCCUUCCUGCUCAAGAACCACAUGUCGUACAGCGAGAUUGGCGUCUUCACCCUCGCCUCCUACCCUUACUCGCUCAAGUUGCUCUGGAGCCCCUUUGUCGAUGCUGUCUGGAGCCCCCGCUUCGGCCGCCGUAAGACCUGGAUCGUCCCCAUCCAGUUUCUCUCGGGCUUCGGCAUGCUCUGGCUCGGCAGCCACGUCGAGACCAUGAUGGCCACCACGGGCAAGCCCGGAGGCCCCACCGUCUGGUCCUUUAUGUUAUGGUGGUUCUUCCUGGUCCUCAUGUGCGCAACGCAGGACAUUGCCGUCGACGGCUGGGCCCUCACUUUGCUCACCCCCAGCAACGUCUCCUACGCUUCGACCGCCCAGACCGUCGGCCUGACCGCAGGCCACUUCAUGUCCUACACCGUCUUCCUCGCCCUUAACGCUUCCGACUUUGCGAACAAGUGGUUCCGAUCCGUCCCCUCCGAUGACGGUCUCGUCUCCCUCGGCGGCUACCUGACGCUCUGGGGAUGGAUGUACAUCAUCGUCACCAUUGGACUCGGCUUCUUGAAGCGCGAGGAAAAGUCGCAAAAUGAGGAGGGUGUCUGGGAAGUAUACAAGAUCAUGUGGGGUAUCCUCAAGCUCAAGAACGUGCAAACCAUCAUCAUUGUCCACCUGAUUGCCAAGAUUGGCUUUCAGGCCAACGACGGCGUCACCAACCUCAAGCUCCUCGACAAGGGCUUCGGCAAGGAAAACAUGGCCCUGACCGUGCUGAUUGACUUUCCUUUUGAGAUUGGCCUCGGCUACUAUGCAGGCAUGUGGUCGCAAAAAUACGGUGCCAUGAGACUCUGGGGCUGGGGCUUUGUCGGCCGCCUCGGUGCGGCCCUCCUCGCCCAGCUCACCGUUGCCAUCUUCCCCGCGGAGGGCGUCACGACCUGGUAUCUCAUCAUCGUCAUCCUUGAGCACAUCAUCUCGACAUUUACCAACACCAUCAUGUUCGUCGCCGUCUCCGCCUUCCACGCCAAGGUCUCGGACCCCGUCAUCGGCGGCACCUACAUGACGCUGCUCGCCACCGUGUCCAACCUGGGUGGGACGUUCCCGCGAUACUUUGUGCUGCGUCUCGUCGACGUCUUCACGGUGGCCACCUGUCAUCCGGGCAAGCACGCGAGCAGCGCGAAGCUCAAAGGCCCCCUGGUGACGGAGGAGUUUUCCUGCGCCGUCCAGGCCGAGAAGGAGCGGUGCCAGAACGGCGGCGGCGUCUGCGAGAUGACGCGUGACGGAUUCUACUGGGUCAACAUCCUGUGCGUGCUCUUUGGCGCGGCUACCUUUUUCUGGUACAUCAAGCCCAAGGUGCGCCAGCUCCAGGCUCUACCUCUACGGGCGUGGAGGUUGUCGCCGGGCAAGCAAUAG